UCUAACCUAAAGCAUUCUUUUAAAGGUGCGAUUCUAGGAAAAUCUGAGGGUUAGAUCUAAAAUAUGCUUAAUUCAAAUUCAGCAAGGAUGUGUCUCUCAAACUAUUAAGAUUUGAAAAUCUAGCUGCUAAAGAAGACUAUAUGUAAUUUGAAGAUUAAAAUAUAUAAUGAAAAUGGAUCUUUAUGUAUUUUCAUGUAUUUUCUUGAAAGAUAUAAUUUUGCCUAUUUAACAAAAAAUACUUAGAAGAGUUUUUUCUAUUAUUAAACACACUUUAAAAAAUACUGCUGAUAAUAUUGAAAAUCAAACUGCGUCAAUUUUUCCUUUCCUCAUCCCCAUCCCCCCACAGGUCAGUACGAUGGGAAGGGAAAACCUCUGCCAGAGUACCAUGUGAAGAUCUCUGGGUUUGAUGAACGGAUAAUGGUAUUGGAAUCCUUGAGGAAACCCAAGCGCAUAACAAUCCGAGGCAGCGAUGAGCAGGAGCACCCUUUCCUUGUCAAAGGUGGAGAAGACCUGCGACAAGACCAACGCAUUGAGCAGCUCUUUGAUGUAAUGAACAUCGUCCUUUCCCGAGACGCUGCCUGCAGCCAAAGGAAUAUGCAGUUGAAAACUUACCAGGUCAUCCCCAUGACCACAAGACUGGGACUCAUCAAGUGGCUGGAAAAUACCUGUACUUUGAAAGAAUUCCUGAGGAAUAGCAUGACUGAAGAGGAGGACACCAAAUAUAAUAGCCAAAAAGGACCUCGUGCUGCCUAUUCUGACUGGCUGUCCAAAAUGGGUGGGAAGGCACAAGGCUUAUCUCGAUACUCUGCUAUGUACAAAAAUGCAAGCCGCACAGAAACAGUUACUGCCUUCAGGAGCAGGGAGAACAGUGUUCCAGAAGAUCUGCUGAGGAGAGCCUUUGUGAAGAUGAGCACAUCUCCUGAAGCUUUCCUGGCUCUGCGGUCGCACUUUGCCAGCUCGCACGCACUGAUGUGCAUCAGUCACUGGAUACUCGGAAUUGGAGACAGGCACCUGUCCAACUUCAUGAUUAACAAGGAGACGGGUGGCAUGGUGGGAAUAGACUUCGGGCAUGCGUUUGGCUCAGCCACACAGUUUCUGCCCGUGCCGGAGCUGAUGCCUUUCCGCCUGACGCGCCAGUUUGUGAAUCUGAUGAUGCCAGUGAAGGAGUGGGGCCUCAUUUACAGUGUGAUGGUGCAUGCCCUGAGAGCAUACCGUGCGGAUCCCGAUCUCCUCAUCAGCACAAUGGAUGUGUUUGUAAAAGAGCCUUCCCUGGACUGGAAGAACUUUGAACAAAGGCAGCUGAAAAAAGGAGGCACGUGGAUUAAGGAGAUAAACACUGCUGAAGUAAACUGGUACCCUUUGCAAAAAAUCAGCUAUGUCAAAAGGAAACUUACAGGUGCCAAUCCUGCACGAAUCACUUGUGAUGAGCUGCACCUGGGCUAUGAGAAGUCACCUUUUUACAAUGACUUUGCAGCUGUUGCUCGUGGCAGCACUGACCAUAAUAUCAGAGCCAAAGAGCCAGAGGAUGGACUGUCUGAGGAGACCCAGGUGCAGUGCCUGAUAGACCAAGCAACGGACCCCAAUGUCCUCGGCAGGGUGUGGGAAGGAUGGGAACCUUGGAUGUGAGGCUGCUCUUGAAAGUCCAGUCUGAUGAGGGGAGAAACCCUCAUACACAGCUGCAGCCAGUCCAAAUUUUAAGGCCAAGGAGUGAAAAGCCACUUCUAUCAUUGUCGGUUAACUUGACUAAUGCAGGAAAUGUUCUUGUACUCCAAACAGUGAUUUGUUUACAUGGUUCUGUAACCAAACAGCUGUAUUGGCCUCAUGUUAAAAUGGAUGUGGGAAGAACUGGUGAGCUGCAGAGCUUUAGGGGCAGUCUGGAAGGUGCUCCAGUCAUGCAGACCGGAGCAGGAAUUCACACCUUCUACACUUGCAGCCAUCCUUUCAGUGAAAGUGUGUGCUUUGUUCGUUUUUGGUUUUUCUUCCCAAAGAUCUUGCUGGAAACCAUUCUGCAGACGCAUUAUUUGUAAUUAAAAUGGGAAAGUUUUUCUGUCAAUAGAAACUGUAAAGCACGCAAUAUAAUUAAACAGAAAAUAUCUUUUAAUACUAGAGAACACCUGAAGUAUCUGGAUGGCUGCUUCAUUUCUGGAUGAUGAGAAAGCAGUGAUAGCACCAGUUUGUUACAGCGCUUUGGUUUUUAACAUUUAGGCAUUUUGGUCUGUGACCUCUCUACUGUAUAGACGUCUGCAGUCCUCAUUUUUUAUUAAUGCCAAAUUACUUUGGAAAGCCGAAGCCAAAAGGAGGCACUGACAGCACAGCAGAGAACUGCAGACUCCUUGCCAUACCUGCAGCACAGCAAAAUAAUAGCUGUUGCACUUUGCUAUUUGCGUGUGACAAGGCUGAGGAACUGUGCAAGGUUUGGCUCUUCUCGCUGGCAGCUCUCGGGUAACCUUGGUGGCAGGUACAGCACAGGCAAUGAGGGGGCAAGAUAGUUCUCUUAAAACAUUGUGGUUAUUUGUUACCCAGAGUUCAACGCAGAAGAUAACUUCCAUUGAUGUUUUUAAUAAUUAUCAUAAAAGGUGUAAUAAAAGUGAGUCUUUGCCCUUUCA